CCUGAUGGUCCAGAAAUGGAUGGAUUUAAACAGAAAAUAAGAGAUUUUGAGAAGGAAUUUCCAUCUGUACAGGCUACUAUAAGCGGGAAUACCUUAGUAGAACCACUAGUUAUUGAUAUAGAGGAGGGUGCUGUAGAAGAUGUUCUUCAAAAUACAGUCAAAAAAGUAGAAGAACCUUUAAGAUAUCAAUCAUGGGAGAGAUCUGGUAUUGAUAUUGAUGAAGAAGAUGAAGAUAAUGAAAAUGAUAUUCCUGAAGAAGAGGAAGAAGAAGCUGAAGAGGAAGAAGAUCCAAGUCGUGGAAAGAAGAAACAUCUUGGAGAAACCAAUCAUUUCUGUUGUGUCAGUCUAAAAGAGAACAAUGUAUUGGCACCGGGUAAUCCUGAAACUGCUGCCAUGUACAGAGAAAAGAUUUAUUAUUUUACCUCUAUUGAAAAUAAGGACAAAUUCUUAGAAAAUCCUGCUUAUUAUCUUCCAAAAACUAAAACACCUGAGACUCCACCAAUAAGAUUAAUGAUAUUAGGUCAGAAAGGCGCUGGAAAAACGUUACAUGGUCGUCAUCUAGCUAAAAAACUGGGCCUAUUUCAUAUCUCAUUUCAAGAUAGAUUACAAGAAUUGAUUAUUAGUAAAACUAAACGUAAGAUAGGACCAGAAUUUGAGGAAGAACCAGAUCCAGUUGAAGAAGAGGAAGAAGAGGAAGAAAAGGAAGAAGAUGAAGAGAAUGAAGGAGCUAUAAUAGCACCUGAUGGAUCAACAGUUGAUGUACCAGAAGAAGAAGAAAGUGAACCAGAAUUAACAGAAGAUGAGGAAGCUAUCAAAGCUAACCUAGAAUCUGACGAACCUUUACCAGCUGAAGUUUUAGACAACAUCUUACCAGCAUGGUGGCAUAAAGAACCUUUCAAAUCUACAGGGUUUAUAUUGGAAGGUUUUCCACGAACUGGAGAUGAAGUUAGAUAUUUAGCUGAUAUGGGUUUAUAUACUGAUGCAUCUAUUAUAUUAUCUGUAAAUGAUGCUGACGUAAUAGGGCGUUUAUUACCACCUAAACUUGAUGCCUGGAAAAUAAAACGAGAUAAACGACUGGCCAUUAAAGAAAAACGUAAACAAAAGGCAAAAAAGAAGAGGGAAGCGGCUAUACAGAAGAGAAGAAAUGAAUUAUUAAGAGAAAAAGAGGAGAGAAGAUUAGAACGCAAGGAUAUUUCUGAAGAAGAAGAAUUAGGGGAAGAAGAAGAAGUUGAAGAAGAGGAAGAUGAUAUUGAAGGUGUUUUAGCUGAAGAAUUUGAGGAAGAAGAAGGGGAGGAGGAAGAAGAAGAAGAAUUAGAAGAAGAUGCUAUAGACAGAAUAAGAAAUGAUUUAAAUGAAGUUUAUGAUGCUGAUACUAAUAAACUGGACGGUGUACAGGAAACACUAACAGAAAUAUUAAUCCCAAGACUAGAAGUUGAUGGUGGAAGAAAACCUCACAUUGUACGCUAUAUGUUAAAUAAGAAAUUACGCCCUUAUGUUGAGUUCCGCCAUAGUUUAUUUGAAAGGGUUUAUCCUAUUGGUGAAAACCUUGCCCAACGUAUGUUACAAUACGGUUAUAAGCAGCCCAGCAGAUUUGGAAGAUGGUGUCCUGUCAAGUUGAAAGAUGGAGAUUGUAUUCAACCUAUCAGUGGUCCAGGAUACCCAACAUAUCCAUGUAUCUAUAGACAACAUAUAUAUUAUCUCUCAUCACUUGAAGCUAGAAGUGAAUUUAUAGAAGAUCCUAUGACUUAUCUUAAACAAUCAACACCUAAACCAGUUGUUCCUAUUAGACUAGCUGUUAUUGGUCCACCUAAAGCUGGUAAAACAUCAUUAAGUAAAAGAUUGGCUGAAGAAUAUGGAUUAUUGAGAUUAUCUAUUGGUGAAGCAUUAAGAUUAUUAAUAUCAAACCAACCACAAUCAGAAUUAGGUAUCAAGAUAACAGAUUGUUUAAAGACUGGUGCUGUAGUACCUGAUGAACUAGCUGUCCAAGCUUUAGAGAUGUGUCUAUUAGAUAUGAAAUGUCAAACUAGAGGGUAUGUAUUAGAUGGAUAUCCACUAACUAAACAUCAAGUUGAAUUAUUAACUGAGAGAAGUAUAAUACCAGUUCGUGUUGUAGAAUUAGAUAUAGAUAAUAAAACAGUCAUGGUUAGAGGAACUAAAGAUAGAGUUUCAGAGGAUAGGGUCUACCCAAUGCAUGAUAGUGCCCAGAUUUUAGCCUCCAAAUUAGCAGCUUAUAAAAAUAACAUUGAGGAAGUCAGAAAAUGGUAUCAAGAUGAACAUAGAAAUUAUGUCAGUCUGCCUGGUGAUGAAUCAAAAUGGUGGAUAUGGAAUUCCGUGUUAGAAGUUUCUAAAUCCAGUGUUUGUCAAAUACAGACAUAUUUACAGAGCAUUGCUGAUGGCCAAGCAGCAUCUAUAAAUGAUAUGUGUAUAACACCUAGUGAGUUUGAAGAUAGAUUGGGUGAUUAUAAUCAAUAUUGUCCUGUUAGUUUAGCUUUACAUAAUGAACUAAUAGACUGUUCAACAUCUAAAUCAUUACAAUAUGCUGCUGAAUAUAGAGGACAUUACUAUAAGAUGGCAGGACAAAAAGAAUUAGAUCAGUUCCUAGCAACACCAGAGAAAUUUAUACCUCCAUUGGCACCAAAUAAAUUACCAAGUCCAGAAUUAUUACCUAAACGUUGUCAUGGUGAUGAAAUCAAGGACAAAACAAUAGAAUUAGAAGGCUAUUGUCCAGUUACAUAUUAUUGUGGUAAAUGCAGAUAUGAAUAUAUUAUACCUGGUAAUCCUGAAUUAGUAGUACGGUAUAAAAAUAAAUAUUACUCCUGUGCUACAGAAGAGAAAUUAUUACAGUUUAUGAAGUCACCAGAACAGUAUUGUAUACUAGAAUUACCACAUAAACUACCACCUAGAGAAGAACCAUUACCUAUUAAUGCACUACCCAUGUUAGGUUUCAUGGAACAAACUGCAGCUUCAGCAAUUAUAACUUCACUAACAUCAGUUGGUAACCUUAAACCUAAAUAUCCUUUCUUAACCUCCAGUAAAUCAGCAUUAGUUUAUGUUGCUUAUCAUCUGAAAGCAUUUAAUCCAAGAAGUUCAGAUUAUGUGAGAAAGAAGUAUAAAAAGAAAUUAGAAAAGUUUGAAGAGACUUGUCAUUUAAUAAACUAUCUAGGUGAUCACAUGACAGUAAGAUAUCGUGAUCCUAAUGAUAGACCUUCAGACUUUGAUAAUAAACUGGAAACAUUCUUUGCUUUACGUGGUAUUGAACCAACAUCAACAUGGAUUGCAUAG